CAGCCCACUGGGUGGUCACUGUCCUGCAAGGCUGGGCCCAUGACCGGCGGGUUUCCGCUGGACAGUGGAAUGGCACCCGGCAGGGUGAAAGGAGCAGAUGUCCCGGGAAGCCGCUGCCCCGCAUUCCUGAGGAGUCUCUGGGGUUUCUUUUGUCUUGGCAGUUUGGUAACUCUUAUUCGACAUCCAUCUGAAUUAAUGAAUGUUCCUCUUCAUCAGCAACAAAACAAAUGCACCACGUUAGUGAAGAAUAAAACGGCCGCCGCCACGACCGCUUUGCAGUUUACCUACCCGCUGUUCACCACAAAUGCCUGCUCUGCCGCCAACGCUAACCUUUCUCAGACGCAGAGUUCUGGCAACUCCUGCUCCAUACUGGAAGCUGCCAAGCACCAGGAUAUUGGACUGCCUAGGGCAUUUUCUUUCUGUUACCAGCAGGAAAUUGAAUCCACUAAGCAGACAUUAGGCAGUAGAAACAAAGCUUUACCUGAGCAGGUGUGGAUUAAAGUAGGAGAAGAAGCGCUCUGUAAGCAAGCAAUAAAUAAGCGGCAUCGGAGUAGAACACGUCAGUUGGACACAAAUGUCGAGCGAAGAGCCCUGGGAGAGAUCCAGAAUGUGGGUGAAGGCGCCACAGCCGCACCGGGCGCCUGGCAGUCGGCGGAGCCCUCACAGCCCAACCUGGGGGAGCAGACGCAGAGCGGGCCCCAGGGAGGAAGGUCUCAGCGCAGGGAGAGGCAUAACCGAAUGGAAAGAGAUAGAAGGCGCCGAAUCCGAAUCUGUUGCGACGAGCUGAAUCUUUUAGUCCCGUUCUGCAAUGCCGAGACAGACAAGGCCACCACUCUUCAGUGGACAACAGCCUUUCUGAAGUAUAUUCAGGAAAGACAUGGAGAUUCGCUCAAAAAGGAAUUUGAGAGUGUCUUCUGUGGGAAAACGGGCAGAAGGCUAAAGUUGAGCCGACCAGACCCCCUGCUGGCGUGUCCUGCCCAGGAAGGUCUACAGAGCAGCCCAGCGAUGGAGGUCAAGUGAUCUGAACUGGACACGGGCUCUUCGGAAGUCAGCCGCUCCCCCAUCCCGGGGCCUGGAAUUUCUGCAGCCCAUCUCCCACCCCCGCCCCUCCCCGGAGCUCUGCUCCGAGCGCAAUGCGGAAGUGACAUGGCCCGCGUUGGCCAGGACGCCGGUAGGGACUUGCAAGCACGUUUUGUAGCGAUACUUACCUAGAACAGGAUACUUGCCCGUCAAUGUCCACUUAGACCACUGGGGAGGAAGACAUCUUGACACAAUUAGUAAGUAAAUUUUCAAUGAUCUGUCUGAUGCCAUCAUGUUUUCCUGACAUGAUAACUUAAAAAUUAACAUCCUUUGUAAUUGGUUUAAAGGGUACAUUGCUUUUUACUUAUUUUUGUGUACAUUUUCAACAUGCCCAUGUAGCAAUUGGAACCGGUUACAUUGUUUUUGCCCUAGAAGUAGUUUGGUCAUUUUAUUUCAUUUCAGUUUUAGCACCCGACCCUCCCGGAACAAUUCCCACUCUGAAGCUCCUGUGUUGCAAAACACAGUGCUAUUUUAAACCUUUUUUUGGCCAGGAAAUUUCCAGAGACCCCUUUUAAAACGACCUUUGUCCAUAGAUGCAAGAAACCCUGCCGCCCCCAGAGUGCUAAGCGCUCACGUUCCGUCUCGUCAGAGACAUCCCUUUGUGUGUAAUAAAUGGUCGUGUUUGGAAC